AUGGAUAAGGCCUAUAAAAAUGGCAAAAUAUGGACUGAUCAACCAUAUGGGUCCAUUAAGUUAGAACCCUGGUUGAUCUUUCAUGAUAAGGCCACAUUUCUUGAAGUGUUGAGAAGUUACUGCAUACAGGAGGGGUUUGGGCUUAGUGUUGAGAGGGCUGACAAUAGGAGGUACACAGCAGUGUGUGCAGUGGAGUCAUGUGACUGGAGGAUACAUGCCAGUAGGUUGUUUGACAAUGUUAGCUGGGCCAUUAAGGUGAUCAGUGGGUCCCACAGAACUUGUGGGAGGCUUGAGGAGAAUCCAGUGGUGACCUCUGAGUGGUUGUGUAAGCAUAUGUUGGGGGAAAUAGAGGCAAAUCCAGAGAUUCCAGUGGAGACAUUGAGGAGGUAUGCACAGGAGAAGUUUCAGUUGAGGGUGAAAAAGAGGCUAUUGUACAAGGUCAGGAGUAUGGCAAAGGAAAAGCUGCAUGGUGGUUGGGCUGAAGCAUAUGAGCUGUUGCCUAGAUAUGCUGAGAUGAUUAAGCAAACAAACCCAGGGAGUCAUGCACUUAUAACAUGGGGGGCCAGUAGUGGGGAUGUGAACCCAAAAUUCAGAGCUUGCUUCUUCUCAUUUGCUGCACAAGUCAGGGGGUUUCUAAGGGGUUGUAGGCCCAUAAUUGGAAUAGAUGGGGCUCAUUUAAGUGGUUUCUACAAGGGCAUUCUACUGACAGCAGUUGGCAUAGAUGGGAACAAUGCAAUUUUUGUUCUUGCCUAUGGGAUAGUAGACACUGAGAGUUGUGACAGUUGGACCUACUUCAUGAGAUGUUUGAGGCAAAUGUUUGAGCAGGAGGGUUGCAACAGAGAUGAUUGGACCUUCAUCAGUGAUAGGAUGAAGGGUGUUGAGUUGGCAGUUAGAGAAACUUUUCCUAGAGCAACUAGGAGAGUUUGCUGCCAACACCUAUACAUGAAUUGUAAGAACAAUGGCUUCAGUGGAUCUGCAUUCCACAAGCUCUUUUGGAUAGCUGCUAAUGCAUACAAUGAGUAUGUGUUUGGUAAGGCCAUGGAAAAGAUCAGUGAGUACAAUGCAAAUGCCACUGCAUACUUGAACAGCUGCAUUGAGCAGUGGUCUAGGCAUAAGUUUGACUCUACUGUUUGUUGUGAUCACAACACAACAAACUUUGUGGAGUCAUUCAAUGCAUGCACAAAGCCCUUCAGAGACAUGCAUGUCUUCUCAUUAUUGGAAGCAAUCAGAAGUUGGUGUAUGCAGAGGGUGGGGGCUAGAUUUGACAAGGCAGUUGACAUGGAGGAAGGUCAGCUCACUGCAUAUGCAUUGAAAGAGUUAGAGGAGAGGACAGCUGAGUCCAGGUUAUGUUAUGCCACAGCAUGUGGAGGGGGUGAAUUUGAGGUUAGGGAUGGACAUGUCAACUUCCCAAUUAGGCUUGCAACAAGAAGUUGUGCCUGUGGGAAGUGGCAGAUCUGUGGAAUCCCCUGCAAGCAUGCACUGAGGGUCAUAUAUGACCAAAGGAUGAACCCCCAUGAUUUCAUAUCCCCAUGGUUCAAGGCUGCUGCAUACAAGCUAACCUAUGCAGAACAUAUUCAUCCUAUGGCAGAUCCAUCUCAGUGGCCUGACUUUGGCCUUCCUUCCAUUCAGCCUCCAACCAUCAAAAGACCAUCUGGCAGACCUGCUAAGAAGAGAAAGAGAGGGGCAAAUGAACCAAAGAAAGGGAAGAGGAACACAAAUGUGAAAUGUGGAAAGUGUAGAGAGUUUGGUCACAACUCAAGAACAUGCAAGAGUGGAGGAACAAGUGCCACUGGACCAAGCACUUCAAAGAGUGGUGCAGCAGGAGCAAGUACAUCAAAUGGGGGACCAAACACAAGGAAGAGGUCAAAGGCAGCUGCAUAGUCACCUCAGUUGGCUAUAUUUUGUGAAUUGUAGUGCACAAAGCUAAACUAACUUAGUCAAAUCAGUUUAGUCAGAAUCAGUUUAGUUAGAAUCAGUUUUUGGAAACAGUUGUGCAGAGAUCAUUUUUUGGAAACAGUGAAAUGCUUAGAACACCUCUUUUUGUGCAGUUCAGUGGUGUUUGUCCACUUAAAGUUCAGUUUAUGUAAAGCUUAUUUGCUUGAACAAGUAUUUAUGGAACAAAGUCUCUUUAUUUCAUGAAAUUUGUUACAACUUUA